CUUGACUCGGCUCGGCUCAUUUGCAACCCUAACUACAGCUUUACAGGCUUCUUUCCAGUGUGUUCUGUUACUCUUCGUGUCUCGUAGCUGUAACAGGGUUGCACAUGGCAAAGCAAGUUCUUGACGGUGAGUCAGACACUUGUCGACUUACAUAUUUUCUUUCUUACUAUUUUGUAAUCUGACCUGUAAAGUUUUUGUAUAUUUGCCUUAUAUAUGUUGCUUUUCUCUUCUGGGAUAACUAUGACAAAAGAAUAAAAAAAAUCAUGUCUAACGACGAAGUUUUUACAAUGAUAAAUACAAUUAAGCGAUUAGAGUCGUUGCUAUUGUUUAAUUUAAUACGAUGAUCAUCAGUUCAAUCAGCAUAGAACCAGCUCUAAAUUCUAAAAAUUACUUGAAGUAUUUAUGAUGAAUUCAGGGGCGAACCACCCAUUUUGAAGCGCAAAAUGACUCCUUAUAGAUGCAGCUAACACACAUCUUAUUGGUGAACAAUGUAAAUAUUUGUGUUUCUACUUCUUGCAUUAUCGAUUUUUCCGUUCCGUUCUAACAAAUAUUACAAUAAUAAAAACUUAUACGUAGUACAGUCAUACACACUGGGUUCCUACACAUACAAUAAAUGUCACACUUUUGUCUAAAACCAUUGGCGCAGAUCAUGGUGGUGGUUGACAAUGUGUGGACAUAAUUAUGUAGAGAGCAUAUAAUUUCUUUGUUUGGAAGCCAAAUUUGGCUACGCUCCACAACAUCUUUUGGAUACCUUUUUCUGAGGAAAAAUGCACAAUAUUAAUAAACGUCACCCACAUUGGCCUUGGUGUGAUGAGUUGUUAGGUUGUUUUUGAAGUUUGUUACAUAUAUUGAAAAAAGAAAACCUCUAGCAUGUCCAUUUCCUGUGCAGCAAGAGAGCUUUCACUGUACAUCGUGACCCAUUUGUACUGUUUCGACUUGGAAGGGACUUGGGUGUGGGCGGCUGUUUGGUGAGGAUUCAUUGGAAACGGAUGGAACUGGCUGAGUGAGUUGGAUUUUUACCAUAGUUUGCUUCUGGUUGGGGUUCCUUAGCUUCCCCUCGCACGUGUUGAUCACACGGCGGCUUUACUCGCCUUGGGGUUGGCAAACUGUAGCUUCUAUUUGUCUUUUCAGGGAUGGGAGAGAUGCCCGUUCCGCUCAGCUUUUUAGUUAAUCGAGGCUGAGCUCUGGAUGAGGCAAGUAAAGCUGAUAAACUUGAGGAGACUAAGUUGUUUGGUGGAUUUAAGUACCACGUAGCUCCUUUACUUUGGGCCACUUAUUUAACCUACCUGGCACAGUUCUCUAUACCAGAGAAGUCUUCUUGCAAAUAAUGGCUCUUUAUCUCCCCUCAAUUUGUUUCCCCAACAACCAAAUCCACAGAAAUCGACUUUCAUUUUUCUCAUCCCUUUCUCUCCCUCUCCUCUCCCAACUGCGAGGGUGCGACCGGACACGGGAGCAUAUUAUGCCGAGACAAUGAACGCAGGAAUCCUACCAGUUACAGGUUUGUAAUACUUUGUUUUCCUAGGUCUGAUGUUGAGUCUUUUGUGGUUCUGAUUUUUUUUAUUCAUUCUAAUUCAUGACACACUAUGAGGACCCGGCGACGCCAACAACAAAGAUGAGGGGGGUUUAUUACUGUCGUUAAAGGAGUUGCCUGAUCUCUCAAUCUUUUUGUUACGGUCGCAAGACGGUUCAGAGGAGAUUUAGAUCCUGAGGUUUGUGUUUCUCUCAAUCUUCGUAGGAGAUGACCGGAGUUAGAAGUGUUCAGGAGAUGGGCUUGGGUGGACCAGCGAGGAACCAGCAACCUCAAGAUCGGUCGGUUCCAUUGAUGGUUUCAGGUGAUUGUUCAUCCUCUUCUGAUUUGUCUGUUUUCCUCACAUUCUUCACUUGAUUCAUUUUCUCAUUCUUUCUUUCUUUCUUUCUUUCUCAAAGGGUUGUUUUUUAAAUUUCUUUUCAUUUUUUUAUUAUUCUGCUACUACAGCCAUUCGAAGAAGCAAAGGACGGAGCUUUGCAUAAGAUUUGAUGCACCAUUCAGCUGCGAGACUCCCAUUGGUAAGUCUUUCUUUAGUUGUUGUUGAUUUGUUCGAUUCCAGUACUUCUAUGCGCCAGAUGUAUAUUCUUUUCCUUUUGAUGGAUCGGAGACUAUUGAUGUGUUCUCUUCUCUUUCAUCUGCCACUUGGAGAGUCUAGGUUGCCAAUUGGAUUUGAGGAGUGCAAAGACAGAUCAGAGAAGAGGCAGAUCCGUGGGUUUUCAAUGAUGUUGUUUCAUCUAUUUUUAUAGAUUGGUUUGUUCUAUAUCUUCCUUUCUCUUAAGUUUUGUUUUAGAAGCUUCUUAGGAGUAGCUGCAACUGUCAAGUUUAUUUCUUCUAGGUAGAAUGGUAGGCGAACUUAAGCAAAAAGAUAGCAAUAGAAGGGGAUUGAUCGGCGGGUAUUCACGAUCUGCUGCUGGAUUUGUCAAUGAAUUUGGGGCACACAGAGGUAUCAAAGAAUUCAAAACUGUCUCUGGAUUUGUCAAUGAAUUUAAGGUACCAGCGCUGAUUCCAUUGAAGAAUCGAGUAGACAUGAGUGGUGUUCUAUACAAUAUGGAGAAGAAGCUUAUGGUGGCCUAGGCACUGGCUUGGUUUCAUGUUAUUUUAUAGUGUUUUCUCUUUUCAUGGAUGGUUUGUCUUCUCUUAUUCGCCAAUAGGGGUCUGUUUGAUCGUUUUAUAGAUGAAAUUUUGGUGACGUUUUGGUUUUAGGGAUCCCAAUCUUCCAAGUUGUUCUCUGAAAUCUUUAACUAUGUUGCUUCUUGAUUCUCUCCAUUUUUGUCUGGGUUUGUUUUUUAUUAAUUGCACGCUGGACUUUUGGACGACGCUGAAGUGGUACAAUUGACCAGAGUAAAACAAUCGGGAGUUGUUCACUUUAGUUAAAUCUUCUGUACAAGUACUUUGAAUUCUGGAAUUCAGCUGGUUUGUUCUUGCUGGUUUUGCCAUGUUCAUUCAUGUCUUAUAAACAAUAAUUGAACCACAAAAUGGAAGAAUACAGGACAGAUCUCGGU